ACUAUCCCUUUAACACUAGUUCUUCACAAGCUAGAGAUAAAGCAGCAGCUUGGAACAAGUGACAUCUUAACGAACUGCUCCACCCCAAGCAAGCUUUUAAAAACAGACCAGCUGGCAGGAGUUGGGAGAUAACAAUUGCAGGUGAAGUGGGGAUAGACUGAAAGAUAACUAUUUCCGCUUAUUGGGAUAUUCCCCUCACAGAAGAGUGUGUAUAAAGUCUGACUGCCUGGACAAUGAGCCACACAGCAGCAAGUCCAGCUUGAGUGCUUUACAUCUAACAGACUCUCUGUACAUCCAGCCAAUCUAAUACAACAGAACGGCCAAAAUGACCGCCUCUCGCUUCGUCAUUUUCUCCGCAGUGGUGGUGCUUCUGUGCGCAGUUAGCCUCAGUGAAGGUUUGCGUAUUGGACCACAAAGGUGCUGUUUUACCUUUUCAACCCGUCCUGUGCCAAUCAAAAAAGUGGUUGAGUACAGCAUGACAAGCCAGCAGUGCCCCAAAGAAGCCGUGCUGUUCAAGACUGUGAAGGGUCAUUACGUGUGUGCCAAACCCACUGACUCAUGGGUAAAGGAGAACAUCAAGAUCAUUGACAGCAAGAACGUCGGAAGCCACGGGACCUUGUAAUCAUGUUGACCUGCGUCCUCCAACUUCUGAACCAUUUUGGAAGCACUGGACAAGUGUGGAGUCUGAGCAAAACUGAAAAAAAAAAAAGAAUGCAAUUAUUGUACUCGCCGACAAAUGCAUUGUCACUAACUGAUCAGCAUAUUGAAGCUAUGGGGUUAAACAAUCCAGAAUGUAUGUUGUUUGAAUUGUUUAUCUAUUUGACUCGUCUGUCAUUUGUCUUACUAAUGUAUCUCUAAAAAGAGUGUUUUGUACCGAAAGAUAAAGUAUUGCAGAUAAUCAACCUAUAUCUUAAAGUAUAAACUAGUUUAUAAAAGAACAUGGAAUGAAUCUGGAUAUUUUUGUAAUGUGUCAUUUAAGACAACAUAAUUAUGAUCACGAUCUGUUACUUAUAUAAGUUUUUGCUAAUGUAACCGCCUCACAAUAAAGACACUUGUUGGG